AUGUUCGCCCGCACUACCCGCAACACUCUUGCUACAGCCUCGAGACAGCCGUUCAUAUGUCAGUCAUGUAUACGCCGCGUCAGGCAGUCCCAAUUGGGUGCCGUACACUCCCCCACGCGGCACACAAGACGAUCUCUCCAGACUGAGACCCAGCCACCACCACCGCCUCAAGAUGGCACGUCGUUCCGCAAACUGCUUAAAGACGCCGCAAAGCAACAGAAGAAAGGAAAGAGCGCUUCUCCCGGCUCAUCAAAGUCCUCGAAAAAGAGCAAAGAUGCGCGGCUAGAGAAAUGGGAGCUGACGGUUGGAAUCGAAGUCCAUGCCGAACUCAACACUGCGCGGAAGCUCUUCUCCAGUGCUGCGACCUCGAUCAGCGAACUACCCAAUACUCAUGUGUCUUUGUUUGACGUCGCAUUUCCCGGCACUCAGCCUCACUUCCAGAAGGAAACUCUCCUGCCCGCCUUGCGCGCUGCCAUAGCCUUCCAAUGCGAGAUACAGCCAAAGAGCAGCUUCGACCGCAAACAUUACUUCUACCAAGAUCAGCCCGCUGGAUAUCAGAUCACGCAGUACUACGAGCCCUUCGCGACAAACGGCAAGAUCACCCUCUACCCUCAUGACUUUCCGCCUGGUGCUGCCCCGCAAUCAGAGCCCUUCGAUAUCGGUAUCAAGCAGAUACAAAUGGAGCAGGAUACCGCAAAGACUGUGCAGCAGCCACCUUCGACCCACCUACUUGAUUUUAAUCGCGUCUCGCAUCCCCUAAUCGAAAUCAUUACCCUUCCUCAGAUCCACGAUCCCACAGUUGCGGCCGUUGUCGUCCGCAAGAUACAAAACACACUCAAGGCUGUUAAUGCCUGUACAACCGGCAUGGAGCUAGGCGGGCUACGUGCGGACGUCAACGUAUCCGUUCGUCGGCGCAGAGGGGAAUCUUCCGAAUCUAGCCACUCAUACUCCGGUGUUACCGGUUUAGGACAGCGAACUGAGAUCAAGAACCUGGCAAGCGUCAAGGCUGUUGAGGACGCCAUUAUUGCAGAGCGUGAUCGACAGAUCGACCUAAUCGAGGGAGGAGGUGCCGUCGAGGGCGAGACACGUGGAUGGACUCUUGGAAGCAAGACGACCAAACGUCUCCGAGGCAAAGAGGGCGAGAUCGACUACCGCUACAUGCCAGACCCAGACAUCGCUCCUGUCUUGAUCGGACCUGAACUCGUGGAACACCUCCGGAACACACUUCCUAAGCUCCCCGAUGUGAAUGUUGAUAUGCUCGCAAACAUCUAUGGGCUUACUACUAAAGACGCCAUCACACUUCUAUCUCUCGACGAUGGUGAACGGUUGGAGUAUUACCUGGACGUCAUUCACUGCCUAGUACACCAAACUGAGCAGGUCGAGAAAGAUGUUCCUUUGGAAACAUUGGGCAAAAUUACCGGGAACUGGGUGUUGAUGGAGCUCGGCUCUCUCUUUCAAGAUGAACCUUGGGACCCCGACCGCGUCCCAGCUGACUAUCUUGCUGGUGUCAUCUCGCACGUGCGUCGCAGAGAGGUCACUUCGCCUUCCGCAAAACGGCUGCUUGCCAUCAAGUUUGAAGGAGAUCAACGCAGCGUGGCGGAAGUCGUUCACCAAGAGAAUCUCUUCCUGCAGGCAUUAAGUCAGGAAGAGUACGUAAAGUUAGCACAAACGCUGAUAGAAGAGAAGCCGGACAUGGUGAGAGACAUUACCGAAAAGGGCCAGGUUAAGAAGGUAGGAUGGUUCGUGGGGCAAAUGGUGAUUAGAGCUCCGGACGGGAGUGUCGAACCAGACAAGGCCAAGGAGGUACUGCUGAACGUGUUGGGUCUAGGAGAGAAGGCAAAAUAG